UCGCUCCUUAUAAACAGCGCCGGGAGUUUCCGUUUAAACACAUUCGGCUGUCAAGUGUUGAACAAUGGUUAACAUGAGCUAUCACCCAUUCCCACUAAAAUAUCUACAUUCGAACCAGCGACAGUCAAGACGGCGAACGAAUAAAAGGAAAAGGAUUUGUAGGGGCAAAAUAUCCCAAGCCGAUUUGCAGACUUGAUUAAGGGAGAUCUUCGAAAGGUCCCAAGUGAAGUGUGUGGCCGAGUGUGGAGUGCAUUGCGAGUUGACUGGCGAGAUGACUGCCGAGUGGCUGCACCUGCCCCCGCCGUACCCACCAGGCGUGGGGCCGCUGUGUGGCGCAGAGUUGGAGGCGUGGUAUGAGGACCUGCAGGACAUUCUGGGCUCGGACGCGGGAGGGGCAAAGCUGGCACGCGCCCCCUUGUAUGGCGAGAAGGAGCCCGAGUUCUUGGAUGUGCUGGAGAGUUGCUCCCUGACGUGGCUGACAGACGGAGGUCAGACGUGGGGAGAGGGCGUCCAGAGGACGACAGAGCAGAUCCACAACGCCCAGCCUCUGCAUCACACCUCAUCUUCCACCACGUCCUGCUUGACUCUGACAGAAGAGCGGAAAGCGGAGGCGAGGAGCAGCGAUGGCGACCUGCUGCCCCCAGAGUUCUUCGAGUUCCUGAGUGAAGGAGGAAUGGUGGAUUCAAGCGGUUGUUAUUAUUACCAUCACCACCAGCAGCAGGUUAACAGCGUCCAUCCAGCUUCUCCAUCAGUCAGUGAGGAAGAGUUGCCCUGCGUCCCCGAUUCGCCAUCUUGCUCCUCGUCGUCUGCCUCACAGUCACCUUCCCAGCGCUGCUCUUCCCCAUCGUCACCAGUCUCUUCCCCGUCCAUCUAUUCACCCUCGCGCCUGGGCAAGCGGCGGCGAAGCGAGGGGCCUGACGGCACCUCGUCAUCCCCGGGCGCCUCCUCCCAGUCACAGCAGCACGCCACGUCGUCGUCCUCGUCUUCAUACUUGUCCGCCAAAAAGAGUCGCAAGGAGAGGGAGCAAGAAAACGAGAGGAAAGUGCAGGAGCUGACGGAGCAGAAUGAGCGCUUGAAAGCGGAGAUCGAAAGGUUGGGCGAGGAGGUGCAGCGCACACGGCGAGCCCUCAUUGAGAGACUUGUCAACACCAAGAAAUGAGCUUGAAGACAAAGAAGUAGUGAAGAAACGGUUGGUGUGUACACGCUCCUUAGACCGGAAGGUAUGAAAACCAAAGAGAUUUUAAGAUGUUUGGAAAAGAUGAAAGUCAAAGCAGAGCGAGAGAAAAGCUGCAACAUGACUGCGGCAAACUGAAAAGACAAAGCAUGUGAAAGGCAAAAGAAGCAGGCUCUUGAGUGCAUAUCAUACAGUGGUCGCAAGGUUUGGAACAAUUAAGUUUAUCCACCGUUUCGAAGCGUGUGAUGAUUUGUAUGUUUGAAAGAAAGGAAUUCAAUUUGAGGGCAUUUCGUUGUCAUCCUUUCCUGCCAUUUUGCAAUAAAUUGUAACUCCUCCUUCAAGGGCUGCAAUAUGGCUAGCAGAGAUUAUUUGCCCCAAUUUGUAGAUAGAGGAGCUCAGGAAUGUUUUGAAUAUGCCCCCUUGGCUUUGAGAGUAUGACAGUUCCCCCCGUGCCCUCUAUUUUGUAAGCCGUCACUUGCCUGUAUGUGUAUUUAAAAUUCAAGCAGGUUGCACCCACCUAAACUUUCUACAGGUGACCUUUUUUAUUCAAUGCUGGAACUGGUGGUAUAUCCACAUGCUAUUUUUUAUAUAAUGGUGGUAACAUUUACUGUACUCAUCUGUACUGUUUAUUUCUACUUUUAUUCAAGCCACCCAAGUUAUUAUACAUAAAUAAUGCAUGUUUUUUUAAAUAAUUGAUUUCAUGUUCUUUAACAUUUUUAAGAUGUCACUGUAACCCCAAAUUUGCAAUAAAAGUGAUUUCUUUUUUUGG